CCGUGUCUCUGGUUCACAUGCCGCCCUGUCUCUGAAGCGCAUAAAUAAUCCCCAAAUUCCAUCUCCUCCUUCACUAAUUCGUCCUCCGCCUCCGCCAAUUUCAAGAUCCAGACGCCUCCGCCGAUGGCGCAACCGCAAACGCAAGCUCGGGUUCUGGUGUUUCCUUAUCCGACGGUGGGGCACAUAAAGCCGUUCUUAUCUCUGGCAGAGCUGCUCGCCGACGGCGGCCUGGACGUGGUCUUCCUCAGCACAGAGUACAACCACCGCCGGAUCCCCAAUCUGGAAGCCCUAGCCUCCCGCUUCCCCACGCUUCAUUUCGACACCAUUCCCGACGGCCUCCCCAUCGACAAGCCGCGCGUCAUAAUCGGCGGCGAACUGUACACCUCCAUGCGCGACGGAGUCAAACAGCGGCUCCGGCAAGUGCUUCAGUCUUACAACGACGGUUCUUCCCCGAUCACGUGCGUCAUCUGUGACGUGAUGUUGUCUGGUCCGAUUGAAGCGGCKGAGGAAUUAGGGAUUCCGGUGGUCACCUUCUGUCCGUACAGUGCUCGAUACUUGUGCGCUCACUUUGUAAUGCCGAAGCUGAUUGAAGAAGGCCAAAUUCCGUUCACUGAUGGAAAUCUUGCCGGAGAGAUUCAGGGGGUGCCUUUGUUUGGAGGUCUUCUUCGACGAGAUCAUUUACCUGGUUUCUGGUUUGUGAAAUCACUUUCGGAUGAAGUUUGGUCGCAUGCCUUCCUUAAUCAGACCCUUGCAGUUGGUCGAACCUCUGCUCUCAUAAUCAACACAUUGGACGAACUCGAAGCUCCAUUUUUGGCCCAUCUCUCCUCCACUUUCGACAAAAUCUACCCCAUUGGACCYCUCGACGCUCUCUCCAAGUCAAGGCUCGGCGAUUCCUCCUCCUCCUCCACGGUCCUCACCGCAUUCUGGAAAGAGGACCAAGCCUGCAUGUCCUGGCUCGACUCUCAGCCCCCCAAAUCCGUGAUCUUCGUCAGUUUCGGGAGUACCAUGAGGAUGACAGCUGAUAAAUUGGUGGAGUUCUGGCACGGGCUGGUGAAUAGCGGCACACGCUUCCUGUGCGUGUUGAGAUCAGACAUCGUUGAAGGCGGAGGAGCGGCGGAUUUGAUCAAACAAGUGGGAGAAACAGGGAAUGGGAUUGUGGUGGAGUGGGCAGCGCAAGAGAAGGUGUUGGCGCACCGUGCGGUGGGUGGGUUUUUGACGCACUGCGGUUGGAACUCCACCAUGGAGAGCAUUGCGGCGGGAGUACCCAUGAUGUGCUGGCAGAUUUAUGGCGACCAAAUGAUCAAUGCUACUUGGAUCGGAAAAGUGUGGAAAAUUGGGAUCGAAAGGGAUGAUAAAUGGGACAGGUCAACGGUAGAGAAGAUGAUCAAAGAAUUGAUGGAAGGGGAAAAGGGAGCGGAAAUCCAACGAUCCAUGGAGAAGUUUUCAAAAUUGGCAAACGAUAAGGUUGUCAAAGGUGGGACGUCUUUUGAAAACUUGGAACUUAUCGUGGAAUACCUCAAAAAGUUGAAACCAUCCAAUUGAAUGUAGAAGAAGUGGUUGAGUUGGGUUUGAUUGAAGUUGAUCUUUUUGUGGUAUGAAUCGUAAAAUUCUAAUAAAAAUCUAAAUAUUGUAUGAUUUCAUUCCAUCAUGGAAAUAAUUAUUUUUCGUUAUAAUAAAUUAUUAUUAUUAGGUUAAA